AUGCCCCAGUCUACCCAACACCCCAAGCGUUUCGGCUUCCGAGAUCUUCUCUGCGCCAUCUGGCUAACCAUCGUAUCUAUAGUUACCCUGAUUAGCGUCUUUAGCAGUGUCGACAUCGUGAAGAUGCUAGCUUGGAGACACCGCGAUGAUUUUGUUCUCUCCUUUUACUUCAAGUUCAGCCAAUUGUUCCUGCAGAGUUACUUCAAAUUGGCACAGUGGAAGGCUUACGCGAAAGAUGUGCCGGAAAUGGGAUACUGGGGCAUUGUCGACUCGGGACGGGUCAUCUCCCUGUGUAUUGUACCUUGUGCAGUUAUCUGGGGGGCAGGACGACUCUUUGAUCACCUGUUUAAGAACUAG